AUGGAAAAUACAAAUAAAAAAAUAGAAUAUAAUUAUAUUACUGAUAAAAAUAAAGUAGAAGGUUCAAAUAAAUACAUAUACACAAAAUUUCCUUUCUUUGAUACACAUAAAAAAAUAAAAAAUUAUAAUGAAAAGAUAACAGAAUUAAUUUUGGAGAACAAUAAAUUAAAGAAAUAUAAAAAUGAACUAGAGAACAAAAUAAUAGAAGAAAAUGAAAAUUUUGAAGUAAAUUUUAAGAAAUAUGAAAUAGCUAUUUCUAAAGCGUUACGCAUCGGGUAUGCCUGCGGUUUUUUAUGUAAUGCAUUGAAAAAAAAUGUAGAUAAUAGUAAAAGAUAUGUUAUAAGGGAACUAUGUAGAAGAUGUAAUGAAUUUAAAAAUAAUAUAAUGAAGACAUAUGCUCGUAAAAAUACUUAUGAUAAAUUAUUUAUAAAUAAUAUAAUAUUCAAAAUAAAUGAAAUUUAUGAACAAAAUGUAAAUUUUGUUGUAAAGCGAUUAGUUAUUAUGAUAAAGAACAAAAUUAAAUUUAUUUUACAUUUAUUUAUUAGUAAUACUUUUGAAUCUAAAUAUGAAAACAAAAUCGUGUUUAAUAGUGUAUUUUUAUCAGAAAAAAAUAAUAAUACAAGUCAAUCUUUUUGUUAUAGUUCAUGUAGUAGUACUAUUGAUAAAGAUGACAAAUUGAGUGGAGUUAAAAAAUUAAUAAAAAUUUUUAAAAAAAUAUUUUAUAAAAAUGUAAAAUAUUCUGUCUUUAAACUUCAAAAUUAUAAUAUCUCCAAUUUAAAUAAGAAAAAGGAAAAUAAUACAAUAUGGAAAGGAGAAGAGAAUGAUAAAAAUAAAUAUACCCCCAAUUUUGAACAUAGAUUACAAAAUGAAGAAAACACAAAUAAUUUAAUGUUAAAUAAUAAAAUUAUUAAGAAUAAGAAGGAAACAGGAUUUUUUGAUUUAGAAAAUACAGGCUCGAGUGGUAGUAGUAGUUCUUUACCACAUCCUAGUUUGGUAUAUAAUUAUUUAUACAACCAAGAAUUAUCAAAAUUAAAACAAAAACAUUGUAUGCUUAAUGAAUUUGAAUUAUGUGAAAAAUAUACAAAUUUUAAAAAAUAUUUAAAUUAUUUGGAGGGAAAUAAUCAAGUGUGCAACAUGGAUAUGUAUUUUGAAAACAACAUAAUACCAAAAAGGGAAUUUACAUUUAUAUAUAAGGAAUGA